UGUCAGCAUGGACUAUUUCAGGCGAAGGCUCAUCAUAUAAUUCAUCUCAAAUCGAUAUACAUUUAAAUACAGGUUCCAAUAACCACCUUUCAUCUAUCAUCGUUGCUUCGAAGGAAUUUGACACCAGAUUCAAUUUUGUUGAAAUUGAGAAACAAACAUAUGUUGAUCUGGGGGAAUGAAUACAAUAUGUAAGUUUUGUGGAGCAACACUAUGGGCUGAAGAACGAGCUGAAAAGAGUAAAUCACCACUUGAACCGGAUUUCUCUAUGUGUUGUUCGAAAGGAAAAAUAGCAAUUCCUUACUUGAAAGACCCGCCUGAAUUGUUGCUUAACCUGCUUACAAAUAAUGAUCCCAGAAGUCGAAAUUUUCUUGAUAAUAUUCGAUCUUACAAUAGUAUGUUUGCAUUUACCUCAAUUGGAGGUAAAAUUGUCACCAAUAUUAAUGAUGGUCAUGGUCCUCCUCAAUUCAUUAUCAGUGGUCAGAAUUACCAUCGUAUAGGAAGUUUACUGUCAGACGAAGGGCAGUCCCCCAAGUUUGUGCAAUUAUAUAUAUAUGACACCAAGAAUGAAGUUGAGAACAGAUUAAAACCAUUCAGGUAUUGCAUUUUUUUUUCUUCAUUCGUUUUUAUCAUUCUUACAUGUCUACAUAGUUAUAUACUUUUUUGUUAUGUUUGCUAUGAAUAGCAGCAAUGGAAAUAAUAGCCUUGAUCCUACCCUGGUUGCUGAGUUGAUAAAAAUGGUUGAUCAAUAUAAUCGUUUAGCUAGAUUAUUUAGAAGGGUGCGUGAUUAUGUUGAACGAGGUGAGGCUGAGAAUGUUGCUUUGAGAUUAUUUAGGAGUUGUUCUCUUGAUCCAAAGACAUACAAUCUUCCAAGUGUUGAUGAAGUUGCAGUCUUAAUUGUUGGUGAUUUUGACAGUUCUGAUUGUGGGCGUGAUAUUAUUCUUCGUACUAAGCAUGGCCAGUUUCAAAGGAUUUAUGAGAACCAUUCUUCGUUCCUUCCUCUUCAAUACCCGAUACUUUUCCCACAUGGGGAAAAAGGUUUCUCUGAGGAUAUUGACUUUGCAAAUCUUCAUAAUGUUAAUACAGACCCUAGGCGUGAUCAUAUUUCACUGCGUGAGUGGGUUGUUUUUCGGCUUUUUGAAAGGAAAUUUGAGUGCAAGCGAAUCUUUCUAUCUAGACGUUUGUUUCAACAAUUUGUGGUUGACUGUUAUUCAAUGAUUGAGUCUCAAAGAUUGUAUUAUUACCGGAACAACCAAUCAAGUAUAAGAAGACAUUUUCUAGAAGGAAUUGAGGAAGCAAUGAGCCGUGGUGAUACAUGUUCAUCAACCAUUGGAUCAAGAGUAUAUCUUCCAGCUUCUUUUAAGGGUGGCAAGCGCUACAUGUUCAACAAUUGUCAAGAUGCCAUGGCUAUUUCCAACACAUAUGGUUAUCCUGACCUAUUUUUGACAAUGACUUGCAAUCCCAAAUGGCCAGAAAUUGAUCGACAUGUUUCUGCAUUAGGCUUGACUGCUUCAGAUCGACCAGAUCUAGCUUGCCGUGUCUUUCAUAUGAAGUUAAAUGCAUUAAUUAUUGAUUUAAAGAAUGGUGAUUUCUUUGGCAAGGCUAUUGCAGGCACAUAUACUAUUGAGUUUCAAAAAAGAGGAUUGCCUCAUGCUCAUAUUUUAUUGUGGCUUAGCAUGGAAAACAAGUUACGUACUCCUAAUAUGAUUGAUUCUGUUAUUUGUGCUGAGUUGCCGGAUCCCGAACGUUUCCCACAAUUGUUUGAGUGUGUAUCCAACUAUAUGGUUCAUGGUCCAUGUGGGUUUAGUAACAAAGAUUCUCCUUGCAUGAAGAAUGGUCAUUGCUCCAAAUAUUUCCCCAAAAAAUUUGUCCAGUCAACAUCGUUUGAUAGUGAUGGUUAUCCAAUAUAUAGAAGAAGAAAUACUGGUGUAAUCACUCUGAGGAAGGGCGUCCCUUUGGAUAAUAGAUAUGUUGUUCCUUACAAUCCAAAGUUGUUGAUGAAAUAUCGUGCACAUAUCAAUAUUGAAUAUUGCAAUAAAUCGAACUCCAUCAAAUAUUUAUUUAAAUACAUUAAUAAGGGAGUUGAUAGGGUCACAAUGUCAAUGAGUGUGCCACAAGCAAAGAAGGAUCAACUUGAAGAAGUGGAUGAGAUUAAACAAUAUUAUGAUUGCAGAUAUCUUUCACCAUGUGAAGCUCUAUGGAGAUUAUACGGAUUUGAAAUUCAUUUGAAGUGGCCACCUGUGAAGAAACUAAUUUAUCACAUGCCUAAGAAACAAGUCAUCCUAUUCAAGGAACAAUAAUCUAUUAAGAAUGUGUUUGACAAAAACAAGUUGAAAAAUAGCAUGUUCACUGCUUGGAUGGUUGCAAAUGCCAAAUAUGAUGAAGGUAGACGCUUGACAUAUUCGGAAUUUCCAGCUGCAUUUGUAUAUGAUGAAAAAAAGAAAGAAUGGAAGCCAAGGCAACAAGGCUUUUCGAUUGGUCGGAUGAACUUUGUUGCCCCGGGAUGUGGUGAAUUGUAUUAUCUGCGACUUUUGUUGAAUUUCCAACGUGGAUGCAUGAGCUUUGAUGAUUUGAAAACACAUAAAAAUCGCACUUAUGAGACUUUUCGAGAUGCAUGUGACGCAAUGGGUUUGUUAAAAGAUGAUCGUGAAUUCAUCGAUGCUAUGCACAAUGUAGCCAAGAUUUCAUCAGGUUUUUAUGUCAGAAACCUAUUUGUUACAUUCUUAUUGGGCAACACAUUGAGUAAUCCGCUUAAUGUAUGGAAUAAAACAUGGCACGAACUUGCUGAUGAUAUUCAGUAUAACAUGCGCAAGACUCAUAACAAACCAGAUUUGGUUAUUGAAGAACAUCGUCUUAAGGAUCUAUGUUUAAUGGAGAUUGAGAAAAUCUUAAUGGUGAAUAGUAAAUCGCUCAAGGAUUUUCCUGGGAUGCCUCGAGUUGAAGCUAACACACUGACUGAGUAUGGAAAUGUGUUGUUACUCAAUGAGCUCAAUUUUGAUCCUAUAGAGAUGACUCGCUUGCAUGAAGAAUGCUUUCUCAAGUUGAAUGAUGGACAAUCAAAAAUAUAUAAUGAAAUUAUGGCUGCUAUCACUUCAGAUAAUGGUCGUUUUUUCUUUGUAUAUGGCUAUGGUGGAACAGGGAAAACAUUUUUGUGGAAGACUUUGACAUACAAACUACGAUCUGAGAAAAAGAUUAUAUUGAAUGUUGCAUCAAGUGGCAUUGCUGCUUUGUUACUACCAGGUGGUCGAACAGCACAUUCAUUGUUUUCUAUUCCCCUUUCGUUGAAUGAGGAUUCAUGUUGUGGGAUAGCACUAGGAAGUCCUAAAGCUGAAUUGUUACAACUUGCUAGCUUAAUAAUUUGGGAUGAGGCACCAAUGGUUAGUCGGUUCGCAUUUGAGGCUUUAGAUAGGACUUUGAAGGACAUAAUGAGGUUCACCUCUAAUGGUGCACAACCAUUUGGGGGAAAGGUUGUUGUUUUAGGAGGUGAUUUUAGACAAAUUUUACCUGUCAUUCCUAAAGGUAGGCGAGCAGAGAUAGUUAUGUCAACAAUUAACUCCUCCCGAUUAUGGCAGUAUUGCAAGGUGUUGACUUUAACUGAGAAUAUGAGAUUGAUGACCAAUAGAUGCUCUCCGAAUCAUGAUGAAAUUAAAGAUUUCGCAAAGUGGGUUUUGGAUGUUGGUGAUGGUAAAUUGGGUGAUUAUAAUGACGGUGAGUCUGAUGUUCGAAUUCCUGCUGAUUUGCUAAUCCAACAAUCCUCAAACCCUAUUGCAGACAUUGUGUAUGUCAUUUACCCUGAAAUUCUUCAAAAUGUUGGUUGUGUCAAAUACUAUUCUGAUAAAGCAAUACUUGCGCCAACUUUGGAUGCUGUUGAUUCAAUCAAUCAAUAUGCAUUAUCAUUAUUUCCUGGAAACGAAACAACUUAUCUUAGCUCUGAUUCAGUAUGGAAAGUCAAUGAAGAAAUUGGAAUAGAAGCUGAUUGGUUAACCACGGAAUUUUUAAAUGGUAUUAGAAGUUCUGGCAUUCCUGAUCACAAGUUGGUUCUUAAAAAAGGUGCACCUGUAAUGCUUAUGCGAAAUCUAGACAUUUCAACUGGUUUAUGCAAUGGUACAAGGCUUAUUGUUGACUACCUUGGUGAAAAUGUAAUCGGUGCUAUAGUUCUCUCUGGCACACAUAUUGGGAAAGUUGCAUACAUCUCUAGGAUGAAUUUGAUGCCGUCUGAUGAAAGCAUGCCAAUUAAGUUCCAAAGGAGACAAUUUCCUUUAAUUGUUUCUUUUGCAAUGACUAUAAAUAAAAGUCAGGGACAAUCAUUAUCUCAAGUGGGUGUAUAUUUACCGAAGGCAGUUUUUUCUCAUGGGCAAUUGUAUGUUGCUAUUUCCAGAGUUCAAAGUAGAGCUGGCCUUAAGAUUUUAAUAUGCAAUGAAGACACUAGCCAACAAGAUGUUACUAAGAACAUUGUCUUCAAGGAAGUUUUUCAAAAGAUUUAUAACAAUUAGUUUGUUUCAUAACCUUUAUUCCUUUCACUAAUAUGUUGUAGUAUUUAAAUUGGUAAACA